GGAAGAACCAAAUGUCCAUGUUGUGAAAUUUCGUCAAGAACAGCAAAAACUUUAUCUGAACGUGAUAUUUGGCGCACUACAUUGGUUUAACAGGUGCCCGUGUCCAUCUAUGAUGGCGUUUGAUUCGCCUUGUAUGUCCUACAUGGCACUGUAUCUAAUAUCAUUGCAGAUCGUCAACAGCAACCCUCGCACCUCCACUCACUGGAGGAUUAACGCUGAUCUGGGAAUUGUUGUCCCUGGCGACGGGUUAGGUGAGGCAUCUGUUGACUGUCCUGAAAUGGAGACAGGUGUGCGUCCGGAAGAGGACAAUGUGUUGAGCAUUCUAACAAGGCCGCUUCAUAUAGAUUCGAACGGAUUUUGGGUUCUUGAUACUGAAAAACGCAGCAAUUGUGCAAACUGUCAUGUUGUUGGAAGCGAGGCAAAUGAGACGCCACCUGACGUCACGGUGACAACCACACUAACUUCUGGUAUGGUGAAAGCUGAGAAAAAUGGCAAUCCACGAAAAGUAGUGGACCGGUCUGUCGACUGUAAUCCAUAUGUAAACUACACGAAGUUCGACAACCUGAUGGGUGUGGCCAACCGCAAGCAGCAUCCGCCUGUACCGGAGCCGGAGGUGGCCCUCAUGUUCCGCAGAAAGGGAAACAAAAACGUCGAUCUAGAUCUCACGCAGCUUGAGAAGAAGCUUCGGCGUGCUAAAAAAGAUAAACCGAAGAACGCCGAGGUGUACAACCAGAUCGGCAACUACUGGCGCAUCAAGGGCGACACACACGAGUCGAUAGAGUGCUUCCGGCGGUCGCUCGCCGUCCAGCCCGACCACCCGGACGUGCUGCUGAACCUCGCGCGCGUGCUCUUCAAUCUGCAGUACCUGGACGACGCCAAGUACCUGAUCCUACGCUCGCUCGAGAAGCAGUCGCCUGAGCAGAACUGGCUGCAGCACUUCACGCUCGGCGAGAUCCUCAAGGCGUACGGUCACGACCAGGAGGCGCGCAUCCACUUUCGGCACGCGCUCGAGCUCAACCCGAGCUUCCUGCCCGCCGAGGAGCACCUGCGCAAGAUGGAGACCGUUCCCGAGUCGACGGUGACCAUCUACACGCUGCUCAUCAUCGCCUUCCUGGUGAUGGCCGUGCUGGUGGGGCUGCUGUCGUCGAUCGAGAGCGGCGUCGAGUACGGUGACAUCCUCAAGACGCAGCGGCACUUCAAUCGCGCGAUGGCGAUGCGCUCGAUUAAACUCAGCGGUGCGAGCCACAACCAGCGGCAAAGCAAAUUAAAGAAAUACAACUUCUGAUUUUAUCGUCGCGACAAAACUCGCGGGCACGUACACGGCGUAUAGAAUGCGCAUCGUCAGUGCGGAAGUAACCAUAUUAUUGUAAUUCUUCAAGUAUCGUCUUGAGCUUUCAGGAAGAAUGUAGGCAGAGACCCAAAGAAAUUAUAGGAUAAAAAUUUACUACAUGAAGCUGAAAAGGCUCGUGUGACAAGGAACGAUGUCCUUGUGUACCUGUAUUUUAUUUAUUUUUUCGUGGUUGGGAGUGUUUCCACCACAGUGCCAAUAUUGAAGGUUUAAGUGUUUGUAUUUUACAGUGUUUUAUUGUCAUUAAAUUAUGCAAAGUGAGCAAGAAACUU